UACGGCUCCGUUGCACUGACUGUAGUGCGACCGUGUGGCUGUGCGGUUAAGCUACGAUGCUGCACAGAAACAGCUGUGGUUUUUGAUGGGAAACUGAAUAAAUAUGAGCAUGAGGACUGUUGCUGAAAAUGUACAAACUACACCACUGACUGACACAAAGUGCAAAGCUUUUUUCUGCUUUACGGCAAUCUGAUAAAUUAGCGUUUUGAAUAAACAAUAUGACGAAUUCUCAAGCCAGGGCUGUGUCCUCCACUCUUCAGCUCCACUGUCCCAGUCACAGUGAGAUGCAACACCACAGGACCACCUGCUGAGGUGGAAGCAAGAGGGCAGAGGGCUGCAGCAAAGAGUGAUCCAGAAGUGUUAGUGAUUCAGAGGCAGAGAGAACGGAUGGUGAUAAGGAAACAAACUGCAUCUGCUCACUAACUCACACAUAUACAUGAGCAAUAGCUCUACUGCUUCACACUCUGCACAUGCUUGUGUAUAGCAUGCAUGGCGGAUCUCAUUAUGUGCGUGAUGGGGUUUGCUCACCGAAGGGUCGCGUGCAGCGCUGCAUGCACAUUAAUUUCUAGGAGUUGCUCCAUCUGCCUCCCGAUUCGAGUCAAGCGACCCCCCUUGACCCCACAGAUCCUCCUGCACAACUCGCUAAACAACGAGCGGGCGAUGAGUAAAACGUACGCCUGUAGCGCCUGUUUGACUAGACAAGCCUGCAUGUACACCAGAGGCUCUCCCAGCCCGGCUAAUUGCACACCAACCCACAGCAUGUAAUGCGGCAAUUGCAGGGCUGCCUGCUCAUCUGCCAGAUCCUCGAAACCCAAAUCAAAGCCUCCUGUUAACAAAAGCCCGACGUACAGUCGCGGCUCCCUAACCUAAUUAAUAUUGAGUCAGCAAGCGGCGGCCGAGAUUGUGGUCAGGGCUGUGGGAUACAAGAAUAGCAGGAGCCACGCUGACACGCUGGAUGACACGCUGAGCCAUGACAAGAGAAUCACACACGGACACACACCUCAACAUGCGGCCCGGUCCAGGUGAGUUAGAAGACGCUGCCUGUGACACACGUCCCCCUUCUUCCCGGGCCACUUCCAUACCAUGAGCUCUGGCUCGGCCCAGGAUGUGGCAGUCGAGCAUUUCCUGCGUGACAUAGAGAGGCAAAGCAAGCGGCUGCACUGCGCUGUGAUAGGCUGCGAGGAGGAGCGACCCCGCAGCGACAUGAACCUGCUGUAUCGCAAGAGCCGCCUGGAUUGGAGGCAGAGGGACCAGGAGGGAAGUAAAAAGAGCUCCACCCAGAACGACCCCUCGGCCACUGUUGGCAAAGUCCGAGACUUGGCUUCUUUCCGCCGGCACUUCCGCAUGGGUUUUAUGACCAUGCCGGCCUCCCAGGACCUGUCCCCUCACUCCUGUGCCUCUGCCAUGGCGCCACGCUCGCAGUCCUGCCAUGCCGUUGGUGCCGGCGACACAAGUCUGGAGAACGGGGAUUAUUCUGACACCCAGUCCCAACACGGUGGCCGGUGCCCCCCGGCCAAACCUAAGCGCCACCCCAGCACCCGCCUCAGCUCGUCAUCCGCUGACAGCAGAGGGCCCCCGGAGACGCCGCCACCUCCUCCACCCUCUCUCUGCCAGGCCAAACACUCAGACAAGAAAAAUGCCAUGAAGAAGUCUGACUCUGGAGAGAUUGGAGGGAAGAAGGUUCCUCCAUUAAAACCCAAGAGGAGCCCCAGCACCCAGCUUUCCUUUGACCCUUUUCCUCCACGCGUGCCUACUUCAGCCACAUCCCUGCCUUUCCAGGCAGCAGACUCUCAGAUUCAGACAGUGGAUGGGGACGACGAGCCCGUCUAUAUAGAGAUGGUGGGCCAGGUGUUCACCAGAGACAGCCAGACAGCCACGCCUCACCCUGUCACGCCUGUGGCUACAACGCCUGACUCGGACUCGGACCAGAGCGAGGCCAUCUAUGAGGAAAUGAAAUAUCCACUGCAGGAGGACAGACAGUCGCACAGACACCUGCCCCCCAAGCACGAGAAACCGAAAUCCUCCAAGCACUAUCAUGUCACCCCUUCAUCCUCCAGCAGCGCCUCCUCUUUGCCUCGCCCCUCGUCGUCUUCGCCUUCCUAUUCCAAGCCUAAAGCCACAGUGUCCAUCUCUCAUUCGUCUCCCCUGCCUUCCUCCGCCUCCUCCACGCCCGUCCCCCAGGUGCUGUCCACCAGUCCGCACACCCCACGUGCUCCCACUCCCUACUUGCUGCAGGGGAGUAAAUCUGAGCCCGAGACCAAUACAAAGAUUCCUGCCCCCUUCCCUAAUCUUUUACAACACCGUCCCCCACUACUUGCCUUUCCUCAGCCUGCGGCGGCCUCCAGCGGAGUCGGCGUGCAAAACAAGACGUCUGCUUCUGCAAAGAUGGGAACUCAAAACUCCAGCGGGACGACCCAAGCCAGCAACCCCUCCUCGACGUCUAACGUCCCCGCAUCCCUCUCGGCGUCCAAGGAGUCAUCGGGAGGAAGUGCAGGCCAGCAGGACAAGCACAGAGACUCCCAGUUAGGCCCUGCUCCUGGACUGAGAGCGAGGAGUCACUCCACACCCUUACCCCCCUCCUCCAAAUCCACCUCCCCCUUCUCCCAUCACCACCACCACCCACACCAUCGUCCCUCCCACUACCAUCACUAUCGCAAGCCCGAGAGAGGGGACUCCCCCGCUCCGAUCAAGAGCAACUCGCAGACAUCGAACCAAGCCACGGCUCAGACUCAGACGACGAGUGCAGGCAAGGAAGGCAAGUCUGUUAGCUUUCUCUUGAAGUCAGAUAAAGGGGAGAGAGAGAAGGACAGGGACAGGGACAAGGAUAGGGACCGUGAAAGAGAGAGGGAUAGGGGCAGAGAUAGAGACAAGGAGAAAGACAAGGACAGAGAGAGGGACAGGGACAAGGAUAGAGACAGGGAUAGGGAUAAGGACAGGGACCGAGAGAGGGGCAGGGACAGAGAGAAGGACUGGGACAGCGGGCCGCACUCUCUCCAGCUGGACAGCACCGUGGCCACCAGCAGCCAAACAUCUCAGAGCAGCACCAGCUCCACCCCCACGCCGUUAUCCUCGUCCCAGCGCCCCCAUUCACGGCCGCACCUCCGCUCUCACACUCCCCAUGGGCUGCCCGCCUACAAGCCGCCCUCCUCAGACAGCCCCUUGCUGUGGACCUACCCCUCCGGCGGCUUCCGGAGGCCGCCGGCUUACGAGAGUUUGCGAGGGAGCUGCCAGACGCCUUCCCUGCAACAGCCUUUGAGUCUCACAGGUGUUGGUGAGGGGGCCUCCAAGAACAAUGGAGGGUCCGGAUCCCACCAGUCCAAGGCUGGCUUCAUGCCGUGGGACAGCAGCGCCAGCCUGACUGCGGACGAGGGGUCUUACUGGCCCAUGCAGAGGAAACUGUCCUUCAGCCACGGGAGCAGAGAGACGGAGAGGGAUGAAGGGCGCGCGUGGAACGGUAGUGCCGAUGCUCUGUUAAGGAUGGAUAAAGAGGAGCUUGGGAUGGGGUCGCGGGGAGGCCACUCAGGCAUCCCGGUUCACUUCAGCGGUGCCAGCAGAGCCGUCUGUCACAGCGAGUCCUUGGCUGGUGUGGACAGCAGUCCAGGAUUCAGAGCCCUACCCAGAGUAGGGUUGCCUCUUCCCUGCCAGACGUUUCCUGCCUGUCGCAACGGAGAAGUGGGGCGGCUGGGCCGCUCCUCCUCUGCUGCCGGAGUGAGACAGGUGGGUGGAGGAGACGUCCAGAGACAGAGCAGUCUACCAGCACGAGAAGCCCUGAAUCAGCUGCACGGUCCCACCCAGCCUCAAGUGCCCUGCAGUCCCAGCAGUCCCAGCGUGUCCCGGCAGCAGCAGCAGCUCCAGCUCCACCAGCAACAGCUCCAGCUCAAGCAGCAGCUGCAGCAGCUCCAGCAACAGCACCACCUUCAGCUGCAGUUUCAGCAGCUCGCCCAGCUGGCGCAGGGACAGCCUCCCGUCAGCGGAGGCACCACCCCGUCCGCAGCGCAGAGCCAGAGAGACGGCAAGCUGCUGGAAGUCAUCGAGCGUAAACGCUGCCUGUGCAAAGAGAUCAAGGCCCACAGGCGACCUGACAAAAGCCUGUGCAAGCAGGACAGCAUGCCCAUCCUCCCUAGCUGGAGACGGACACCUGAGCCUCGGAAGACUGGCACGCCACCUUGCCAGAGGCCACAGGCUGUCGUGUGGGACACAGCGAUCUGAGUUGGAGAAGCGCAGCUCUGAGGACAGAGAAAAACACACACGGGCGAGUUGUAGAUUGUCGAACAAUUAAUAAUAGAUGAUGGGUUCACUGAGUGGCUCGUGAUGGGGAGGCCGCCACCGGGAGCGCAAAGAUUGAGGAUGAAGAAGGCGGCACCCGCUGGCGCUCUUACUGAGUUACAAACUGAUCCUGGAUCAGUAAUGCUAGUUAUUGGAGACUGAAAUGACCCGGGGGGAAAAGAACUGAUAAAAAAGGAGAGAUGUUACAAUCAGACUCAUUUCUUACCCUGCUGAUUUGUACUGGCUCUGUACUAUGUACUAUGUUAUUGUGUUCUACGAUUGCCAAUGAUUUUUGCCACAUAACACCAGUCUUAUUGCUACUGAAGGACGAACCCGCGUAAACAAUAACGGGUGGGGUGUUUUCUGAAAUUGGUGUUGCCAAAUUCCUUCCUGACUACUUGAGACCUGUAUCUUCUCCGACAGUAAACGCAGACAGGCAGGACUUACCGGUAAGUUAUUGAAGUGUUUCUUGAACUCGUGAAAUGCAUAUGCGAUGUUUUGGUAUCAAUAGGUUGUCAUUGUGGAUGCAACUAAUCAUCACCGAGGAGUAAAAGCUACCUACUGUAUCUGUUUGCAAAUUUGUAAUGUAAAUCUAGUUACUUUGUCAAUGUUUCUGCAAUUUUAUAGCAAUAUGCUCCCGAUGCUGGAGUAACAUAAUUAAAACUUGUGUCAACUAGCAUAACAUACAUAUCUAAGACUUGAAUAAGUCAUAUUUACUGUGUCAUUCUCUGCAUGUCACAAUAGACAUACAGUACUGUAUAAAUAUGUGUAGAGAUGAUCAUACAGGAGAUUCACUAGGACACUAUGAUGUGGUUGUAUAAAACAAUGAAUAUGUUGCCUGGGUGGUGGUGGUUGGAGGGGGGGGGGGGGGGGUGUGGUAGUGUGACAGAUGGCACUUAUGCUGCAGUCCAGUCAAAUACACAGGUACAGCUCAGCGGUACAACAACUUCAUUCUCCAUGCUUACCCACAGUUGCACAUUAGUGAUUGUGCCACCUCACAGAGAAUCGAGCACUGACACCCAUCAACACAGACUGUCAGACAACAUGGUGCAACUGGUGAGACUGUGAGUAUCGAUCACCUCAAACAGAAUGCUGGAACAAUCUGCACAAAACAUGGUAUAUGCUUAGGAGAGGUUUAACUAAUGUAGUGUAAAUAGAUAUGUAAAACUGUAUUGAAAAUGUAGCAAUUAUUUCCAUUUUCAUACUUGUAAUCAAUACAUAUUAUGUAGCAUAUACUGUAUAAACAUAACUUUGGUCACUUGUUUUUCUAAAAGAAUUAAGUACUUUAUCUGCUGCAGCCAGUCCAUGCAUUAAUUAUAGUUCUACUAAUAAACAGUAAGCCCUCUGAAGACGGGCUCGGUCCAAAACUUGUUUAUUUACAUUUAUGCAAGCCUCCCUUUAAGCUGUGUUUAUUGGUUCAUUUGACUUCUUUUCUACAUUCAUUUUUAUUUGUGUACAGAUUUCAACAACUGGUCGUCUUGACAUUUAGAAUACGUUGCUGCUAUCUUGAACUACUGGUGUUGUUCAUUCAACUAACAUGGUGUUACCAUGAGAAACAUUCUUAAUAUAGUGGUUAUUGUUACAUAUUUUAUUUCUGAAAUCCACGUGAUUUGCAGUUUGUACCUUGAAGAGUGAGCCCUUCUGUAAUAGUAUUAAGGCACUUGAAUGUCUCUUGGUUGUUGUUGUUUUAUGAUAGUUAGCACCAAACUGUACAGUUACGGUACACAGUGAAAAGAAGACCUAAAUGUUCGAGAGUCACUGCUUGGCCUUUGGUUUGAGUUCCACCUGCUUGUGUUUGUGGGUUGAGUCCUUUUUAAAAACAAACACACGCCAGGUUGAAGGAAAUGGGCAAGUGCAAUGCAUGCAGAGAUUCCUUACACUCAAAAUGUUCCAAUGAUACUAUUGUGCCCAACUUAAUUUUAGAUACCAAGUAUUGACCUUACCAUGAUUCUUUUUCACAGACUGAUAUGGAAACCUAGGUAUCCUUUCCAAGAUAGUUUACAGAAGCUGUCGGUUUUGUGUGUCUACUAAAACAGUGGCCAUUAUAUGAGUGCCAUACUAUAUUGAUAUGGUAAGAUACGGUGUACCAUGGAAAUCACUGUAGUGCUAUAUUUGCAUUGAUAUUGUCAUUAAAAUAAAUUUUAUAUAAUGAACUUUA